AUUGUCUUUGUCACUAAGAAAACGAAAGGCGGUAGAUGGUAGAGCCCAGGCAGCUGAACAGGGACCAGCGACAAAUGAUAAUACUGAAGCAGACAGUAACCAAGAGGAAAAUGGUAUGUUAAAUCUAUUUACAUUACCUGUAUUGACAUGCUCAUUAAUAAAUCUACAUGUGCUAUUUUCCGUCAAAGCAGAGGAUGCCAAUAGUGCAAUGCAAGUGGAUCUUAACUCAUUGGAUAUCGACCUGAACAGCGAGCCUGAUGAUAAUACGCAACCAACAGCAGCAAACAACAACCAUACAGAUGGCAAUGACAGUGAGGAUCAGCAGGACGACUCAUUUGUGCCAGCUACAGCUUCUUCUUCGAAGAAUGGCGACACUGCAGAUAGUUUUGAAGCAAUGACAAAUGUGACAAGCUUACCCGGAAGCGUUCGAGACCCUUCUGAACAUGGCGAUGACCGGGAAAGUAUUGAGCGCAUAACAAGGACCACUGAAUCAGGCCAGGCUUCCAAUGAUGCGCAUGUAGACCUUGGCACCCAAGUAGCCUUGUCGUCAGGUCGUGCUCUUCGGAACACAUGGAAAAGUGGAGGAAGGUUUCUGACAGAGGUCAACAGUAUCUGUAACCGAGACUUUGAUGGCAGAUUCAAGUUUUUCAGCGAGGUGGCCGACUUUGCGGCAGUGUUGAGGAACAGCGUCGGCAAUGUCGAGAUUGAACCCUUGCAAGAUCUUGUCAAUGUCAAGCGCGUCGAGAGGUUGACAACCUCAAGCAGUGUCAUAAAUAAGGCAAAAGUUUGUGCAAACCGCAUAAGCAGAUUGGCAGUGAAUGGCAGCAUGGUCGAGUUUAUGCACAUGGUCGAACGCAUCAACAUUGCCUACUACCGCUACGACUACCAUAUCAAUAAAAAAGGCAAGCUCAAAGACUUUGAUGAAGGUGUGUUCCAGCACCUGUCGACAAAGACUGCGCAACAGCUUGUCUCAAAAAUAUGCCAAGGCUGUCGACGGUACAUCCAGCUGGUCCGCGAGUUUGGAGUGGGACUAGUCCUGCUACCAGCUACUUUUAACCCGACAAAGCUAGAAUCUAUGUCUGAGGAUGCGUUCGUACAAGUACUUUCUACAGUCGACAAAGAUUUAUUCAAGGCGCGACUAGAGUGGGUUGUCAAGGAUCUGAUUAUACCAAAGCAAGCAACAGCCGUAGUGGACUUUGCCAGAAAUAAUCACCAUGCAUUCGAGUCAAGAAAGGAUCGGCGUAGAUUGGAAGACAAUAGUAUUACAGAAAAUUGAAUAAACGUUAUUGGGGGGCUGCACAAAUUGAACGGACUAUUGGGG